ACAGCAGAACAUGCUGCAGAUCCGCUGUCAGCUCCAGGCGCUUCAUUGAGAUACAAUGGAAAUUUCUAUCCAACAUCCCUGGAACCGCCGGCCCUGGUUCCCAGGCUACUUCCCUUAUCGAAUUUAUGACCAGUACUUUGGAGAGCACAUAGCCGACAAUGACCUUUUUUCACCUUUCUACAUGUUUUACUAUCGACCUUAUUUCUGGCGUUUUCCAAACUGGUGGGACAGUGGCAUUUCAGAGAUGAGAAUGGAUAGAGAUCGGUUUGUCAUCAACCUGGAUGUGAAGCACUUCUCUCCAGACGAACUGAUGGUGAAGAUCAAUGAUGAUUUUAUUGAGAUUCACGGGAAGCAUGACGAACGGCUGGAUGAGCAUGGCACUGUGGCAAGGGAGUUUUACAGGAAGUACAAGAUCCCCGCUGGUGUAGAUCCAAGUGCCAUCACCGCUUCUCUGUCCUCUGAUGGUGUGCUGACCAUCUGCACACCACGCCACAUGCUGGACAUCCCUGAACGCAACAUCUCCAUCACCUGUGGAGAGAAGCCACCAGCGCAGAAGUAAACAUGUUGACAGCUGCACCUCUGCCAGUCAUCUCCAAACAAAACCCACUACGUGCAUUCAUGUAACACAGCAGACCCAAAGAAAUAUACCCAGAAAUAAACCUGUCCAUUGUGAACAAUACAAUAUCAUGCAAAACACGCAAUAAGUCAGUGCUUUAGGUCAGUGAACGCAGGUUGUCAUUGGAGCUGGAUUUGGUUUGUUAUAUUUAUGGCUUACAUUUGGACGUUGUAUGUAAUUAUGUGGUUGUAACUUUGGCUUUGAGAGCAAGCAGUAUUGAAGUGGGAUGUUGUCCAGCACUUGCCUCUGUUUUUAACAGGUCAAAAUACUGAGAAAUGCAUGGAAUAAUUGAACUUUUCAGCUUAUGGUGUUCAUCUGAAUGUAAAGUAUGCUGCCCUUGUUUAUUUGAUCCUGGGCUUAAAACCAACAGACCAAGUUCAAUGUGUUUUGCUGAUGUUAUUGCACUUAAUGGACAGUAAUAAAGAUGACCUUGUAAACAUA